CAGACAGACACUUCAAGGAGGGCAGACUGCAGCUCACGUGCCGCGCCUCCCUCGGCCCCUUGUACGAGCAGAACUCAGAUGUGGUCCUCAGCGUGCCAGGGAAAACUGCGGCGCCCUCACAGAAGCUUUACGGAGCGGGUUCCGUGGUUGGUGCCAACUUGGUGAUGUUUUUCCUAACCUGCCUGGUGACGCUGUUCCUGCUGGUGAUGUAGUGGUGACCCCGAUGUGCCGGGGCGCUCUCCCGCAUGUCUGUGCGGCGCACCCUGGCACCCUCGGGCCCUCAGCACCAGGCGCCAGGGACUCCUUCGCCUGGUGACCUCACACUGACGUCAAGGUCAAGUGACUUAACCCUGGGUGACCCGCUAACCUGCCCACCCGCCAGUCCUGACACACAACAAGCAGGAGACCUUCAUUCCACCACCGGGACUGAACCACCACCCACCCAAAGUGAACCAAGCGGACCUGCCCUCAGCGGCCAGGUUCCGGUGCCUCAGGUGAGCAGCCCCUCAAUGUCGAGUGGCAUUGCUGUGUCGGCUCUUUCAAUCAGUGAGUCGACAGUGGCUGGUCAGCUGUAUCCAGGUGACUACAUGGUGCCUGUUUCCACGAGUGACUCAGGAGUGUCAAGCGAGUUUCGCUCCAGUGAGUCAUUAUCACCGAGUGAAAAAACUUUGGCGCAGAGGAGAUCAGUUGCUGGACUGUCGACGGUGCAUCCACCUGGCCCGUGUGGCCACGACAGCCUGCUGGCCGGCGACACGUGGAGAACCAAGAUGGAGUCCCUCAUGUCGAGGACUCUUAACGCCCGCUUCCCGAGACCCCACACUCCGUGCGUUCAGAGCAUCAGUAGCGCUUCAGAAAACCCUUCUCGCUCAGUGUCUCUCGGGGCGUGUGUCCGGGGCCGUUGUGAGGGAUUGGACUGCAUGGCCAUCCCUCCAAUGUCACCAAUGCCGCCAUACAAACCCCAGGGUCACCAAGACUCAUCCAUGAUCUCAACGAAAAACAUAGGUUCCCCACGGGAGCAGCCUCGCGGACACAUGAGGUCACAGUCUGACUUACCGGCGCCACACACUUUCACCGCUCAGAAGAUAAGUCUAUCCUCAGUCGACUUCUGUGUCCCCCACACUCCAGUCCCAUGGAGCUCUUCGCAGCGUUUUUCUUCCACAAGGCCUCCUGUGCCGGGAGGAGUGGCGAGGAUGGAUCAGUCCUCGCCGUCUCCAGUCCGCUGUUCCACGCCCUCCCUGGUCUCCACGGGAUGCGUCUCACAUCCUUCAAACGCCGCCGUAGCUGAGGCAGCAAGGGCGGAGUGUGUUGCUUCGUGCGUUCAGUGGAUACACGACCAGGUGCCCCCUUGGCCAGCAGCAGCAAGGGCUGCACAAAUCAGGACGACCUCCCCUGUUCAGCGAGACUCUGUGUUUACGGGAGAAAAGCUGCCAUCGACCACACCAGAGCAGCCCGCGGCGAUGGCGAGCCCUCAAUGGUAUGGUGACUGUGCUGGUCUAGGCCACCCAGUGAGGAGACGAGAUGAUAACGUGAUAAUAAAUAACACUUAUUCACCUGCGCCAGAUUCCAGAGUACACUGUUACCAAGGACAGGAGUUCAGUGGUACCUUGUCCCUUCAUUCAGUGUCACCGCGAGCCACCGUCUGUAGCCCCAAGUUUAAAGUUAAAUUUGUUAAAGAAAUGACACCGAAUGUGACGCAGCAAAGUGUUCCUCAGGGUCAGAAAGCGACAGCGGUCAUAAUUCCGGAGGGUACGAACACGAUACCGCAGGAAUGCUCGAUAACAUUUUGAGGUGUCAGAAGGUCUUGAGUAGUGCUCGGUGAUUGUGUCCGCGAGAACUUGCCAGUCUCAUUAUUGCAUGCGGUGUUACACUCUGUGGACGAGGAAUAAAUGGUUGUGGUUGCAAUGAGAUCGUUCCGAAGGGCAGCGACACAAGAGCACGACAGUCCGGAGUGGUCCCGGUGCUCUGACUGAACUUCCAUCUCCCCUUGAUAAAACCCACUUACUUAAUAUUCCCUCUCCGGUGUUGUUCUCUGAAGCUAUAUGUUGUAGUCAAGCUGUAGCGGCGUCCCCACCUUGCUGUGGCUUCCAAACGCUGUAUAUUAUGUGAAGCUCCAUUAUGGCGGGUGUAACAUACUGGCCUAAGGUUAGGGUUAAGGCGCUGCAGGUAGUUAAGGGAUAUUGGCGAGAGAUGCGGGAGGUGCAACACGACACAGUACAGAGCGGUAACUAUACAAGAAUAACUACCAAUGGAGUAAUUACACCUCUAUUUAUGAGAAACACGAGGUUCUGAGGCAGGAUGAAGAUUCGCUUUCUCAUUAAUUUUCGAAUUGGAUCUUAAUGAGGAGCCGUAUCUUGCCUUUCCUUUCCCCGCUGAGAAUCGGCUUGGUGUAAGUCAGUUCCCGAGACACAAGCGAAUUCCCUCCCUCUCCUUUUUUUCUCUCUUUCGCUAACAUUCCAGUUUCUCCAACUCCACAGAAGUCUUUAUGAUAUACCCUCUUCCCUCCUUCCAUCCAUCACAGAGGACAAACUUUUUUUUUUCACCUGGUGUCUUAAAGUAUCAAAUGCCACUAAGGAAUUUAAAUUUAGUCUACUUCUCCACCACUUUUCUACCAGCAGUUCAUUUUACUUCUCUGUAAGCCAAAGGAAACGGAGGGUGCUAAGAUAGGGCUUCGCUACAUGAGUCUACGUAGAGGAAGUGACUAAGCUGAGUUUACAUACUCCUAGAACAAGGCGAUUAGCUGAGGCGUUCAAGGUUACACAGGGUUUACUUAUCUACACACGCAGAUCAACUGAACUCUCUCUUUUCCUUUACCGAAAAUAUAGAUAGAAGGCUAAAAUAUUACUAGGAGUUAAGUUAUCUUCUGUGUGUGUGUGUGUGUGUGUGUGUGUGUGUGUGUGUGUGUGUGUGUGUGUGUGUGUGUGUGUGUGUGUGUGUGUGUGUGUGUGUGUGUGUGUGUGUGUGUGUUGUCAGACAAAACGAUAGACAGAUGAGUAAUCACAUAAAACAUACAAAACAUAGACACAGACAGGCAAAGUGAAAGAGAUUUAAAGACAGAGAGAGAGAGAGAGAGAAAGUGUGUGUGUGUGUGUGUGUGUGUGUGUGUGUGUGUGUGUGUGUGUGUGUGUGUGUGUGUGUGUGUGUGUGUGUGUGUGUGUGUGUGUGUGUGUGUGAGAGAGAGAGAGAGUGUGUGUGUGUUCCUCCAGUCAGUCAGUACACACGUUCUCCUCACCUGUGACUCAGACGGCAGUUAAGGCGAGUCUACAUCAGGAGGUGGACAGCUAGCUCGCUCCUUUCCUUAACCUUCCAAACACUGCAAAGAAAACAAAACAGUGUAUACAUAUAUCUUGCUCAAAAAAAACACUUACAAUAUACGAACACCAUCUAUACGAAGACAAACAAUCAAUAUUUAUUUGGAGACCUUCACGUGCUAAAACAUCACCGUAUAUCUGCUUCGUUUCUGUGUUGCCUUACUGGUAGGAACGACACACGGCGAGGAGGAGCGUGCACUAACAGCUAUACAUAACCACGAAGAGAUUUAUACCACACGCGUGCUAUAAGGAGUAUAAAUAAACUAAUGAUGUAACCCUUGUACUUCUGUCUGACCCUUCGAAUGGCAAGAAGGAGGAGGUCAUGGGAGGUCUAGAGAGCUCACACGAGGCAUGCACACUGACCCUUCAACUACGAUUACAUGACACGAUGAACUUAAACACUCAUAGUCAUUUACACGGAUGGAAUAAUUACAUACUGAUUUUCUUUCCCAAGAUAUCUAAAGCAUGUUACUACUUAACAAUUAUACAUGAGGCAGUAAAAUCUGAAUUUCCGCAAGUAAAUGUUACUGUACCUAGUUUUUAAUUCCUUCAAUACCGGGACCCAUUUUUACCUUGAGAUUUGUAUACGAUUAGACCAUUUUAUUGUCAUUGGGAAGGGUCUAUGGAGAUCAGAAGAUUCAUAGCCAGAGUCUUCAUUAUUUUAUUCCUCCACAUAAGUUUCUGAAGCUGUAUAGAGCCACCAAAUAGUAAGCAGAAUGAAUAUAGAAACACGUCAUGGUAUUCAAGGGGUUAAUACGAUAAAGAAAACGUUACGACAGACUAGAGAGCACGGUAGUGAAUGAAGUGUCCACGUCAUAAUCCUUGACAUGCAGAAAUAGAUAGGAAAGCAAAGAAAAUUAGAAAGGGAAAGAAAAUGUGCAGAAAAAAAGAAAAUGGAAAAGAAAAAAGAAGUGAAAAGUCAGUAAUAGCACUUAAAGCUUGGAAUGCAACACAAUUUCACAUACGCAAAUUAAAAGAGAAUAGAAAAAUACACUACAAACUUAAACAAAGAGGAAAAAGAGAAAGAAAAAAGUUAAAUACACAAAAAAACAUCGCUAAUGUACAAAAAAAAAACGAAAAAGCGAAAAAAAAUACAUAAAUACACACACCAACACACACACACACACACACACACACACACACACACACACACAUAGUUAAACCAAUCACAAGCAAACCACAAUGAGAAUAAAACAUAAAGGGGAAGGGAAAGGAAAAAGGUUAAAACUAAACACGCUAUUCAUUACAGUAAAAGCUUGCAUAGACACACACACACACACACACACACAGUCGGGCGGCGCCUCCCAUGGUCUCCUCCUCUGGUUCUCGUUUCAGUGAGUGGAGUCGACAUUAGCUUUAACGACGGUGGUGUUACUGAACGUGUUAUCCAUGUAUGUCAUUUAUGUGAAAAGUAUUUAUCAAAGGGGCGAAAGUCGAGUCCGUAGUGGGAUAGUUUGAUGUAUCGGAAAAAAAUAAUAAAACCAAUAAACUUAUUUAUACA